AGGCUAUUUUUCAAAAAAAAAACAAUGAAAUCUAAAAUUCUAAAAGUCUAAAACGUAAAAGACUAUAAGAAAUAUGAGGUUUAUUCCCUUGAAAAUUUACUAAAACAGUUAGUGGAUAUAGGUAUGGACACACAAUGCACGAUUGAUUUGUCUAGUGUUGACGCUGCUCGUAUCAACAAGUCAACAACUACUACAAGGAGAACCUUUUCAACAAUGAAACAUAUGAAAACUGAUUUCACAACAAAAUGAAUGAUGAAUUUCUAGCCGAUUGCUAAAGUAUUUUAUUUAAAACAAUGUAUACUAUUUGUAUGGAUGUGGAUUCCAUUAUUGAUGCAUUCGCUAAAUUAAAAUACCGUUGUGUACAAUUUAUAUUGUAAAAUUUUUUUUUAAUAUUUUUUUACGGUUAUAUUUUUUAAUGAAAUGCCGCCCAGUACUCUUCUGUGUAUUGGAUCUGCCACUGCUCUUGCCAUAAUUGCAACUCACUUCAUCGCAAAGAACAAUAAUGAUUGAUUACCACUAAGUUAAAGUCUUAAAAGUUAAAACCACUUUGUUAAAUGAUCACGCGUCUUGGCGAAGCCAUAUUUGUAAUAAUCACUAAUCACGCACUCAAAAAAGAAGCAAGCACACUUGAGGUGGCUCACCUCUAUUUUUACUCAUUCAGUAGUCUCCCAACUUCUAAGCACACCUCUUUCUGCUCAGUCUUGUGACUAAAAAGAGGAAAAAUACUGCCUUUUGACAUGUGGAUAGUGACUUGUCUGAGUCCUUAAAACAAACAAACGCCAAAGAAACGUCCCAAGUUGCAUUGCUUCAACGCUCUGCUCUUCUUCCUUUCCCAUUUCCCCACAAACAUUUCUUCCCCUCCAGCUCCCCAGAGUCCUGCCCAUAGAAAGGUGAACCCACCAAGGAAUACAAUACCAGGAAGAUUCAUCGACAUAAUUGUAAAAUAGCUAAAAGGUUCAUUGUUUUGCCUGGAUCGCGAAUCUUUCCAUCGAAGGAGGAAAUGGGAUUCCUCUCCAGAUUUACCACUCUGCUUCUGCUCCUUUCCCUGCUCUCUGCUGCCACCAUCUUCACUUCUACAGAAGCUUAUGACCCACUUGACCCAACUGGAAAUAUCACAGUGAAAUGGGAUAUCAUGAGCUGGACCCCUGAUGGUUAUAUGGCGGUUGUAACACUCUACAACUUCCAACAAUACCGUCACAUUCAAGCACCAGGAUGGUCGUUGGGAUGGACAUGGAGGAAGAGAGAGGUGAUAUGGGAUGUGGUGGGAGGGCAGACAACUGAGCAAGGGGAUUGUUCCAGAUUCAAAGGAAACAUUCCACAUUGCUGCAAGAAGAAACCCACUGUUGUGGAUUUGUUGCCUGGAACUCCCUACAAUAAGCAGGUCGCAAAUUGCUGCAAGGGUGGAGUGCUCAGCUCGUGGGCACAGGAUCCAUCUGCUGCUGCUGCUUCAUUUCAGCUUAGCGUUGGACAGGCCGGCACUACCAAUAAGACAGUCAGACUUCCUGUGAAUUUCACUCUGCAGGCACCUGGUCCUGGCUACACAUGUGGACCGGCUAAAGUUGUCAAACCGAGUCGGUUCACGACUGCAGAUAAACGACGAGUCACUCAAGCUUUGAUGACAUGGAACGUUACAUGCACGUAUUCUCAAUUUCUAGCUCAGAAGACUCCAACUUGCUGCGUCUCAUUAUCAUCAUUCUACAAUAACACUAUAGUGCCUUGCCCAACAUGCUCAUGUGGCUGCAAAAGCAACACUACUGUAUCUGGAAGCUGUGUAAAUCCGGAGAAACCACAUUUAGCUUCAGUUGUUCCGAAUCCGGGGAAGAACGGCUUGGCUGUGCCUCCUGCUGUCCAGUGUACACAUCACAUGUGUCCCAUAAGAGUUCAUUGGCAUGUUAAACUGAACUACAAGCAGUAUUGGCGGGUGAAGAUCACCAUCACCAACUUCAACUAUGUAAUGAAUUAUUCUCAGUGGAACUUAGUGGCUCAGCAUCCGAACUUCGACAACCUUACCCAAAUCUUCAGCUUCAACGCCAAAUCGUUGAAUCCAUAUGCAUCUAUCAAUGACACUAUGAUCAUGUGGGGAGUGAAGUUCUACAACGAUCUGCUGAUGCAAGCUGGCCCAACUGGUAACGUGCAGUCGGAGUUACUUUUCCAGAAAGAAACCGAGAGCUUCACGUUCGAAAAGGGUUGGGCUUUCCCGAGAAGGAUCUACUUCAAUGGUGACAACUGUGUAAUGCCUCCUCCUGAUGCCUACCCUUGGUUGCCGAAUGCCAGCUCCCGCCACUUCAUGUCCCCGUCGAUACUAGUCACAGCCGUUUUAUCUGCUCUGGCUUUCAUGCUUAAGUAGGCAUGCCAUGCACGCUGCACUACUCAGAAUCACACAUCACAGCGUCGAUGUUGCAUCCUGCAAAAUUUUGACAUGCAGUAACACUUACAUGGGAUCGGCAGCCCAGAGGUGCAGUUAGCUGGAGAAUUAUGUCUCUGUUUAGGUGAAGUGAGAUCUGGUGAAUUCGCCAUGGUGUUGUAGUUUGUAAGUUGGCUUGAUUGUGUUGUGAGUUGUGACGAUGAUUGCUGUAUAACACCAUUUGUAGCUAUUGCAAACAGAAAAGGGUUAAUGAUAUCAAAGAUUGAUCCUUGUACAAAGAGCCGAUUGACUGGCUGUCGAUACCUUAGCUAUUUAACAACUGUGUAUUGGUCGUUUAUUCUAAAAUUUUAAGAAUAGUUAAUUAAUUAGGAUUAAUUAA